CUCUCUCCCUGCCUUGUCCUCGGUUCGCCUGACCCCCUCUCAAUGUCGGACAAUCAGAGCUGGAAUUCUUCCUCCGAAGAGGAUCUGGACACCGAGUCGGGGCCGCCUGUUGAGCUGUGCGGGGUAUUGAGCAAGUGGACCAACUAUAUCCAUGGCUGGCAGGACCGAUGGGUGGUUUUAAAAACCAAUACCCUAAGUUACUACAAAUCCGAGGAUGAAACAGAGUACGGUUGUAGAGGUUCAAUCUGUCUGAGCAAGGCUGUCAUUACUCCCCAUGAGUUUGAUGAAUGUCGCUUUGAUAUCAGUGUGAAUGAUAGUGUCUGGUACCUCCGUGCUCAAGACCCAGACCAUAGACAGCAAUGGAUAGAGGCUAUUGAACAACACAAGGCAGAAUCUGGCUAUGGAUCAGAAUCAAGUUUACGACGUCAUGGUUCCAUGCUGUCCCUCACGUCAGCAGCAAGUGGUUAUUCUGCUACAUCCACCUCAUCAUUUAAGACUUCCAUUGGGCCAGUCCAAGAUCUCAACCUUCAGAAAGGCCAUAGCCUGCGUGAAAAGCUUGCUGAAAUGGAAACCUUCCGUGAUAUCCUCUGCCGACAGGUUGACACACUACAGAAGUACUUUGAUGCUUGUGCAGAUGCUGUAUCUAAAGAUGAACUCCAGAGAGAUAAAGUAGUGGAAGACGAUGAAGAUGCCUUUCCAACCACGCGAUCAGAUGGUGAUUUUAUACACAAUAAUGGCAGCAAAGAGAAAUUGUUUCCAUGUGUGACACCCAAAGGGAUCAAUGGAAUAGAUUUUAAAGGUGAAGCUAUCACUUUUAAAGCUACUACAGCUGGAAUACUGGCUACUCUUUCUCAUUGUAUUGAACUAAUGGUAAAACGAGAAGACAGCUGGCAGAAGAGAAUUGAUAAGGAGAUUGAAAAGAGACGAAAAGUAGAAGAUGCUUACAAGAAUGCAAUGUCAGAACUUAAGAAAAAAUGUCACUUUGGUGGACCUGAUUAUGAGGAAGGUCCAAACAGUUUGAUAAAUGAAGAGGAAUUCUUUGAUGCUGUUGAAGCUGCACUUGACAGACAAGAUAAAAUUGAAGAACAGUCCCAUACAGAGAAGUCAAGAAUUCAUUGGUCAGCUGCUGUGCCUUUUGGUGAUUCCUUCUCAACAGUUGGUACUCACAGAUUUGCCAAACAGCCCUUUAGUCGCUCUUCCUCCAUGUCUUCCAUUGAUCUAGUCAGUGCCUCAGAUGAUCACAGAUUCAGCACCCAGGUUGAAGAAAUGGUGCAAAAUCAUAUGCAGUACUCUCUGCAGGAUGUAGGUGGAGAUGCCAAUUGGCAGUUGGUGGUGGAAGAGGGAGAAAUGAAGGUAUACAGAAGAGAAGUAGAAGAGAAUGGGAUUGUCUUGGAUCCUCUCAAAGCAACACACUCUGUUAAAGGUGUUACAGGUCAUGAAGUUUGCCAUUAUUUCUGGAAUGUCGAUGUCCGCAAUGAUUGGGAAACAACAAUUGAAAACUUCCAUGUAGUAGAAGUUCUAUCAGAUAAUGCAAUCAUCAUCUACCAGACUCACAAGAGGGUUUGGCCGGCCUCGCAAAGGGAUGUACUUUAUUUGUCUGCAAUUCGAAAGGUUCCAGAUACCAAUGAGAAUGAUCCAGAUACGUGGCUUGUUUGUAACUUUUCUGUGGAACAUGACAAUGCUCCUCAGAAUAAUAGAUGUGUACGUGCCAAAAUAAACAUUGCCAUGAUCUGCCAAACACUAGUAAGCCCUCCAGAAGGUAACCAAGCAAUCAGUCGAGACAACAUUCUGUGCAAGAUUACAUAUGUAGCCAAUGUAAAUCCUGGAGGAUGGGCACCAGCUUCAGUACUUCGGGCUGUUGCAAAACGUGAAUAUCCCAAAUUCCUCAAACGUUUUACGUCAUAUGUGCAGGAGAAGACUUCAGGCAAAGACAUUCUUUUCUAGUAUCCAAGCAUUCACCAUGGACGUGCUGCUGUUCCAACCAUGAUGAUCAACAAAUAGUCACAAAGGUAUCUCUGACACUCGGGGAUUACGUGACCCCAAACUGGCACGAUGGAUUUCUGACGAAAGGCCAGUCCCGGUUCUCAGCCUGCACCCAGCUGCUAUCGGCUGCUACAUUGCAUUUGUGGCUGACUGUUCAACACUGUCUGUGCUCUGUUGCAUUUUGGUACUUCAGUGUGUAAUUCAUUUCUAUGUACUGCUCAUACAGCCGUUUACAAUUUGACCCAGCAUUUUUUUUUACAGAAGCAAUCAUACUUUGGAUCGAAAACAAUAGGUUGAUGGCUUUAAUUGUUUAAAAAGAAUAGCAUGCUUGUUAAUGUAGGCCUGCAUAAUCAUGGCCAAAGUUUCAACUUUCUUUUUGCAGCAAACAGCCUAAUUUUUGUUCUUAAAUUUACAAAUGUUAACCAUCUUUGGGGUCUACAGUGGGAUGUAUUUUCUUUAAGUCUUACUUGUGUGUGGUUAAUCAGCACACUAUAAUCACUGACCUCAUCACAUUCUCUUAUUGGUCAUUUCUAACACCAGUGUCCUGUUUUUCCCCCUUUGAGACUAAUCUCUGUAAAACUGGUUCAGGGCUGACUUUGUCCUUUGACCUCUGGCAUUUGCCCCUUCUUUCUUACUAUCUCCUAUGAAGAACAAGUUGUUUUGAUGGAGAUUUUGAAAAGCUUUAUUUCUGUUUUGUUUACAACUUUCUACUACAUUUUUUAGUUUGUAUAUUUGUUACAAAUAUUUUUGUGUUGUAAUUGAAAGUUCUGAAUUCUUUAAGAUGAUGGUAUGGGCUGAAAGGGGGAUACCAGUACUUGAAACAUGUCAAACAGGAUUUUUUUCAUUUUGAAAUAGAUUAAUGUUCUGGUUAUUACCAGUGAAGGCAUAUCGUUAAAGAAUGAAUGACUGUUUUAAGCAAUAUUUGGUGCAAGAAGGAUGUAUUUUUGUGAGUAAAGUACGCUGGCUAAAUAUAGUUGAUAGACAAAGCCCGUUGCAUAAAUACUUAAUGCACCCAUUAGAAAAGUGUACAUCUUGCUCUUCAGUAGUGCUGUUGUGCGGAAUCAAUUCUGAAUUGAAUUAAUUAUCUGUUCGGCAGAUUCAGCCAGCUGCAUUUCAAGGAUGGCUAAACAUGCUCUUCAAAUGUUAAUAGCUAUUUGCAAUAGAUGUAUCUGAAGAAUUUUGGUUCCCUUAAAAUUCUAUGUAGUGAGACCUUUUUUUCCUUUCACUUGAUUUCAAAGCUGUACUUGAUGUGUUUGCAACUGCAUGCAGCUUUUUGUUCUCAUUGCUGGAAUAUAGAAAUAUUUGGUCUUGAGUCAUGCACAUAUAAAAUUUCCCUCUUAUUUUGCAACUUGGAUUUUUUUUUAUAACAUCUAAAGUUUAAAUCUACAACAAACUUUUGUAUGGUGAACGACUGUUUGUGAUCAGCAUACAGUGCUUUAUUUUUGCAGCAUAUUACUCAGUACAUCGUAUCCAAAUCAAACAGCUGUAAAUGUAAAAGUGCCUAAAUUUGAGGAUUGGUUAUGUAGUCAAUAGACUGUCCUAAUAGAUUCUGAGAGUAGUCUAUUCCAUGAUGGCUACUAUGUAUUGAGAAUUGAUCUAGAGCAUUUUAUUUAAUUGAGCCUGAACUUCCAGGCUUUGACUAAAAGCAGUCGAACUGUUUAUAAGCAACUUGCUGAUCAGUUCCAUCAUUCAGCAGACAUUUAUAAUCUCUAUUUACAAAAUAAUCAUGUAAAUAGCUAUAAGUCAACAAGAGGAGACGUUUGCUUGACUGAAUACAGAUGAUUCUUUCAAUUAGACAAAAUAAAUCCAUCUCUUGCUAGUGUACAAUUGAAAUAGAUUUCCAGAUAUGGUUCAUUUUGCCAUUGAGUGAACUUGUAGCUCUUGUUAAUCAGGGGCAACAUAUCAUAAAGGGUACUUUGGACUCGUGCUUAUUCCAAUUCUAUUUUAGCUGGCAAAAUAUAUGCUGCUUAUUGAAAUAAUUAAAUUAUUUCCUACAAAGCACUUCACUCAAUACUAAUAAUAAUUUAGGUGCGACUACACAGUUCGCACCAGCUUUUACCAUCCCAUGCUAUGGGCACUCUGGCAAGCUGCUAGCUCAUUUGAUUGCUUACAUUGGCUUCUUUUUUUGCAUGUGCAAAUUGAUCACAUAAUUUUCAAAUCACCAUUAUUGUUCUUUUGACCUGGAAUAACUACCCUACACAAUCUUAUGCCAAGUUAAUAUUCCAAAUUGUGUAUGAAAUAAAACUGUAAUUGGAAGUAUUGGGCUGCCACGUAGUACAUGUUUAAUGGCCAAUAUUGUGGAAUGGUCUCAGAGCUGUUAUUUUAGAAUGUUUAUUUCAAAUAAUGGGGUUUACAGUUUGGAAAAUACCCUUACACUAGCUAGCUCUGGAACUUCUUUUAAAAUAUUAAUGGGUCGAGCACGAGUGUUGAUGAGUUAAAUAAAUUGGUCGCUGCUGAUGAGAGUACCCUUUGUAAACAUUUGGCCCAUCUUUUACAAAAUUAAUUUCACCUAUUUUUAAACCAGAAAUAUGGACAUUGAUGUCAAUUGCACAAAUGAACCAUACACUGGAUUUAAAGUAGACAAAGUGUAACAGGUUGCAGAACCUGAUGUAGAUAAAACCACUGUUCAUUUCAGUCAUGCAUUAGAAUCACAUGCAUUCAAUACAGUUGCUCAUAGGUCGUCUUGGGAACUUAGGGUUCGGGCAAGAGUACUUUUUGAUUGAACAUCCCAAAUAAAAACAGUUAUAUACCUGACUAACUUAUCAGUGGAUCCUUAGCAACAGGUGGUAGGUUUAAAACCUGCAACUUGAUUGAUUUAAGCUAACUUUUAAUAAAUUGGGAAGUUUACGUGUAUAGAACUUGAUAUUGUUAGUCGCAUUUGCACUAAGUGUGAUAUAAUUUUGAAAUUCUGGUAUAAAGUGAUUACACUAAAGAGACAGGUGUAAAGUAUUGAAACUUGGGAAUGUAAAACAGCUCAUUUGCAGGUUAAAAUAUGGACUUCUAUUUCAAAAUAUAUUGUGUGUAGAACGUGCUGAGAGAUUUGUUUUUAUGAAAGCUUUAUAUCCUGAUUUAGCUUUGUGUACAAUAAAACACUGGUUAAUGUCUGUGAUACUGAACUGUAAAAGUUUUUUCAAUCAGCAAUGUGUAAAGAUCAGUUUAUAAAGUUUAGUUCCUCCAUGUUAUUACAAAUUAAAAUCCAGUAUUUAAAAAAAGUGAGAAGUAUUAAAAUAUUACAGAAGA